AUGACUAAUGGAGGAACGAUAUGCAACACAGGCUCAAAGCUUGAUGCCCAUAGCACAAACUCCACAGAGCCCACAUUCCUGGUGACAGGCAUACCUGGGCUGGAGUCUGUCCACAUCUGGAUCUCCAUACCUUUCAGCCUCAUGCUCCUCAUUACCUUACUGGGAAAUACGGCCAUCAUGGCAGUUAUCUGGAAGGAACAGAGCCUCCACAUGCCAAUGUACCUCUUCCUGGCUAUGCUAGCUGCUUCUGAUCUGGGUCUGUCCCUUUUCACCUUCCCCACCAUGCUGCGGAUCUUCUGGCUGAAUGCUCGAGAGCUCACUUCCUCCACUUGCUUCACUCAAAUGUUUUUUAUCCAUACCUUCCAGGAUUUUGAGUCAGCUGUCAUACUGGCAAUGGCCUUUGACCGCUACGUGGCAAUUUCUCACCCCUUACACUAUUCCUCUCUCCUUACCAAUAGUGUCAUUGCCAGAAUCGGUUUGGUGAUUCUUUUGCGAACCUUAAGUGUACAGGUGCCACUUCCCAUUCUCUUGAGGAGACUUUGUUUCUGUCACUCCAAUGUCCUUUCUCAUUCCUAUUGUUUGCAUCCUGACAUUAUAAAGCUAGCUUGUUCUAAUACUAAGGUCAAUAGUAUCUUUGGACUGUUUGUAGUGUUAUCCACUAUGGGACUUGAUUUCCUUCUCAUUCUCUUUUCUUAUGUUCUGAUAUUGAAAACUGUACUGAAUAUUGCUUCCCAUGGUGGCCGCCUGAAGGCAUUCAACACCUGCAUUUCCCAUCUCUCUGCUGUAAUUCUCUUCUUUACACCCAUGAUUUGCCUUUCUAUACUGCACCGCUUUGGGCCCAGACUUCCCUCACAUGUUUAUGUCACCAUGGCCAACAUGCAUUUUCUCAUUCCUCCUGUGGUGAACCCCAUUGUGUACGUGGUGAAAACCAAACAGAUCCGAGAGAAAAUGCUGAAAUUCUUUUUCAAGAAGAGACCAGGUGAAUCUCAGGUCACAUUUAUUACAUGA